CGCGGAUAAGGAUAAAUGUGAUUGGCUGCGCCGCACGUCCAUCUCCACAUGUAUUUCCGGGUCCGGUAGCUGUGAUCACACCGUGGCACGUCGGGAGCGUUAGAAGGACAUAGUGUAACGUUUAUAAACAGCGUGAUGCUGUCAGAGGUGUUCCAGGUGGUGAGGGGUGCCAGCAGGGUCGGUGCCGCCUUCGCCACCACACAGGCAGAGCAGCUGAGGUUGAUCGCCUGCAACUCCACGCUGGGAGCCGGAAUCAAAGCUGCACAGGAUGCAGUUGGGGCUUGGACUGGUACCAUGAUAAAGCAAGACAAGACGACUACGUCUGAAGAGUUCCCGGACAUCGAAGGAUGGGACCAGAUGGAGGACCACGAGGCAGCCAAAUGGGCCGUGGGCUCGGAGCUCGCACCGGAUACCUUUAGCAAGGAGGACAUUUACCCUCCUGGAGGAACACCAGCAGGAACCAGCAGGAACCAGCAACCUAACCCUAACCCUGGACAAAGCGCUCGGUUCCUGCACGUUUCAGCACCUUGUAAUCACGUGAGGUUCGUUCAUGACUCCGUUGUGGCCAGACUGAGUCCAGAGGACAUACAAAAGGCCAGGGAUGUUAAACAGAGCGCCGCCCGUCCUGUUCGCCAGAAGCUAAGCGAGCGAGCUAAAGAAAGGAAGGUUCCUGUCACACGGAUUAGCAGACUGGCAAAUUUUGGGGGUUUAGCUGUUGGACUCGGUCUUGGUGCCAUUGCUGAAGUUGCAAAGCAAUCUUUUGGAGGCAAAAAAUCCAAUACCGGUGCAGUGUUGGACUCUCCGCUCCUGUCUGAGGCCAAUGCCGAGAGGAUUGUUAACACACUCUGUAAGGUGCGAGGAGCAGCGCUGAAGAUUGGACAGAUGCUGAGCAUUCAGGAUAACAGCUUUAUUAAUCCACAACUACAGAAGGUCUUUGAGAGGGUCAGACAAAGUGCGGACUUCAUGCCGGCCUGGCAAACCACGAAAGUUCUUGAGGACGAGUUGGGCCCUUGCUGGAAGGACAUGCUCCUGACAUUUCAGGACAAACCCUUUGCAGCAGCCUCCAUUGGUCAGGUGCAUCAUGGAGUCCUGCCCGAUGGAAGAGAAGUGGCUAUGAAGAUCCAGUAUCCAGGAGUCUCAGAGAGCAUUAAAAGCGACGUGAACAACCUGAUGUCCGUGUUGAAGAUGAGCGUGCCACUUCCUGAGGGUUUAUUCGCAGACAGCAGCCUGGAGGUCCUUCACAGGGAGCUCGCCUGGGAGUGUGAUUACAAACGAGAGGCAAAUUGUGCCAAGCGCUUCAAGACCCUAAUGGAAGGAGACCCGAUAUUUAAAGUACCUGAGGUCAUCGAUGAGCUCACCACCUCUCGUGUGAUCACCAUGGAGCUGAUUAAUGGAGUCCCACUGGACAGCUGUACGGAUCUGGAUCAGGAGACCAGGAAUAAGAUUUGCUUCAGCAUCCUGCAGUUGUGUCUGCGAGAACUUUUUGAAUUUCGCUUCAUGCAGACGGAUCCCAACUGGUCCAACUUCUACUAUAAUGCUGACGAGGACACGAUUUACCUGUUAGACUUUGGAGCCUGUCGAGAAUACCCAGAGUCCUUCACUGAUGACUACAUUGAGGUGGUGCAUGCAGCAUCAGUGGGUGAUCGAGCCAGAGUUCUACAGAAGUCCAAAGACCUGAAGUUCCUCACUGGUUAUGAAGCCAAGGCCUUUGAGGAAGCUCACGUGGAGGCAGUGAUGAUCCUGGGAGAAGCAUUCGCCUCUUCAGACGCCUUCGACUUUAGCACUCAGAGCACGACGCGUCGGAUCCACAAUCUGAUCCCGGUGAUGCUUCGUCACCGCCUCGCUCCUCCUCCAGAAGAGUCGUACUCGCUGCACCGUAAGAUGGCCGGCUCCUUCCUCAUUUGCUCCAAACUACAGGCACAAAUUCCCUGCCAAGAAAUGUUCCUAAACAUCUAUAACACUUAUAAACAGCGUCACCAGGGUGCAGGUGGAGAAUAGACUCAGCCAAGGACCGUCUGGAGUCCGGCGUCUGGCGUCUGGGGAGAUGCUUUUAGAUGAACUUGAGUUUUCAGAACUAUGUUUGAUUUUUUAUACUGACUGAGUGUCCUGACUGAUCAAGUUUAAUCAUAAAUAAAGAGAAACCAUA